AUAAAUGCUUUUGCUUCAGUCAUUCCUGGAGUUUGAUGACAGAAAUUAUAUGGUCACGUGACAUCUGAUUUGCAGAAGUUUCAACAUGGCGUCCUUGACAAACUUAUCACGAGUCGCAGUAAAGUUUUCGUCUAAAAAUGUAGGUAUAAGAUGCUUGACAACAUCAAAUACUUGGAAUGCAGCAGCUAGUGCACAGACAGGUAAAUCCAAGAAGAGCCUAGCCAAACCAAAUGUGCGCAAUGUUGUUCUUGUGGAAGGAGUUAGAACUCCAUUCUUACAGUCUGGUACAGAGUACAAAGAUCUUAUGCCUCAUAAUUUAGCAACCAAGUCAUUAGUGGGAUUGAUGAAGAAGACAGGUGUCGAUAAAGAUAUCAUUGAUUAUGUUGUGUAUGGAACUGUCAUACAAGAGGUGAAAACCAGCAAUAUUGCCAGAGAGGCAAUGUUGUCAGCUGGUUUCUCUGACAAGACACCUGCUCACACUGUAACACAAGCUUGUAUAUCUUCUAAUCAAGCAAUUACAUCAGCUAUUGGACUGAUUGCUGCAGGCCAGUGUGAUGCUGUUAUUGCUGGUGGCGUGGAGUUUAUGUCUGAUGUACCUAUUAGACAUAGUAGAAAGAUGAGGAAAAUAAUGCUGGACUUCAACAAGGCAAAAACAAGGGACAAGAAAAUUAACCUGAUCAAGAAACUGUUCAGUUCAUCUGUAUGGAUGCCUGAGCUACCAGCUGUUGCCGAGUUUUCAUCUGGAGAAACAAUGGGUCAUUCUGCUGACAGAUUGUGUACAGCAUUUGGUGUGAGCAGACAGGCACAGGAUGAGUUUGCAUUAAGAUCACACACACUGGCACAGGAGGCAACAGACAAUGGUUACCUGACUGAUGUCCUAGCAUAUAAAGUUCCCAGUAUGUCAAUAUUGAUAUUAAUACUUUACUUACAUAUUGACAAUGGUAUCCGACCAUCUUCUAUGGAACAGAUGUCUAAAUUGAAAGCUGCUUUUGUUAAACCAUAUGGAACAAUUACAGCUGCUAAUGCAUCAUUCCUAACUGAUGGAGCAUCCGCUUGUUUGAUCAUGUCAGAAGAAAAAGCCCUGGCUUUAGGCUUGAAACCUAAAGCUUACCUCCGUGAUUAUGUUUAUGUCUCACAGGAUCCUAAAGAUCAGCUUCUAUUGGGACCAGCAUAUGCAACACCAAAAGUUUUAGAUAGAUCUGGAUUAAGCAUGGCAGAUAUUGAUGUGUUUGAAUAUCAUGAAGCUUUUGCUGGACAAAUCCUAGCCAAUUUGACAGCCCUAGAUUCAGACAUCUUUGCUCAGAAAUUCUUGGGCAAGUCAUCUAAGGUAGGGGCACCAAGCAUGGACAAAUUUAACCUUUGGGGUGGUUCUCUGUCCUUAGGACAUCCAUUUGGAGCAACAGGUGUAAGACUGGUGACCACAGCCGCUAACAGACUAGCGAAGGAGAAUGGCCAAUAUGCCCUUGUUGCUGCCUGUGCUGCUGGAGGAAUUGGACAUGGUAUGGUAGUGGAGAGGUAUGGAUAGAUAGGAAGCGAGUCAAGAGAUUCCAAACAAUUGACUGUGAUCAUUCUAUAAUAUAACAACACUGCGAACAAAGGAAGAUCAAUGGAUGCUGCAACUUUUCCAAUACAUAACUUCUUGCUGGAAACAUGCAGCAUUAGUUAUAAUCAUUGAUUUUUGGGAAAUUGAAUUUAGUUACAUUUUAACUUUAAUUUUGUCAUGGGAAUUAUCAUACUUUAAGCCAUUGAUUUAUUAUGAACAUUGUAGGAGAAUGUUAGAACAAUUCUCAUUAAUUUUCUCCAACAUUGAUAGUGGUAGGGACAACAAAAUGUGAACAUUAAUAUUGUAACAUACGUAGUGCCUGAUUAUAUGUCAACUAUUUAAAUUCUUGUAGUGUUUAGUGAUAUGAUUAAUCGUGCACAUAACAUGCCUCAUACUGAUAUACAUGUAUAUAUACUGAACCCUGGUUACAUUUCUGGCAAGCCUUUUUUAUGAGGAUAAAAUGGAUAAUUCUCUGCUAAAAUUUGACUGAGUUCAUAUCACUCACUCUCAAAAUGAGUUUUUCGCAUAAUAAUUUUCUCAUGAAAAUACACCAGUUCUGUAUCUGUAAAACAUUAGAUCAUUUAAGUGUACAGUAAUUGUUUAAUAUUCUUUUAAUUCUUUUUGAUCCAUACAUGAAUUUUAACAAUCUUACCAUAUUUACUUAAUUCGUAGGUAUAGUAAGUGAAAUAACCCAUUUAAAUGCAAAGUUGUUAGCUGAAAUAACUUCUGAAAAAAAAGUUGUCAGGUAUAUAUUCAAGAAAGUGCUAUUUAAAUAUCUUAAACAAUAAGGGAGGGAGGGAAUCAGUCUAUGUGAGCAGCAUAUUUGUAAUUUUUGUGUAUAGUCCAUGAAUAGAAUGCAGAACUCUCAUUUUAAAUGAUACUGAACUGCAGGUUGUCCCAAAAUUGUAUAUGACAAAAGACAUAUAUACAUACAUAUAUAUUAAAACUUGUGUUUAUUUAUAUGAUUUUUGUGAUGAUGUAUAUAAUUGUUUUCAAUGUGGAAACAUCUUUUCAUUAAAAUGUAUAUCAUUUCA